GGUUUGCGCAGGAGGAAAGGUCGGGGAAGCAAGCAAGGGAGUUAGUGCGCUUGAGGCCCUUCUCUUCUUCCUGAUGAUGAAAUUCGAACCCUCUUCUCAUCAAAUUUCUUCUCCUUCUUCGUAAUGUGCUUUCAAUGUCUGUAAUGAUCUAAGCUCCAUUUUGGAUCGCGAAAACAAACUCCGACAGGUGAAGAAAGCAAGAAGCACACAAAAAGUGUAUAAAGCAAAGCGAGUGAAGCUGGGAGGGUAGUAAAAGGCAUUGCGAGGGCGGUUUGCGGCGGCAAAGAUCAGCUUCUACUACCCCUUCUCCUCCUACUAUUCACUCACUCGACCUUUUAGGACUUUCACCAUUCAGAUAAAGCGCUCCAAGGAGCAGCAGGAGCCGCCGCCUCCCCAAAGUAGUGCAGUGCGAGAAGCUCUUUCCCUUAACAGUAGCACUCACCCAGAAGGAGAAGAAGAAAUUACUCGCUUGGCGGCAACUUGGAAUUGUGACUUCGGAAGACGAUUAUGGGGUCGGAGCAGAAUCGAUUCCCUCUGCAAGAACGGCGAAAGAGAUGGGGAGGAUGCUUGGGAUCCUUGUCUUGUUUUGGUGCUCAGAAAGGCGGGAAAAGAAUUGUCCCUGCAUCUCGAAUUCCUGAUGGCAAUGCUUCCGUUACUCAGCCUAAUGGACCUCAUCAAGCAGCUGGGAUGGCCAACCAAGCUACCACAAUAUCUCCUUCCCUUCUAGCUCCACCUUCUUCACCAGCGUCAUUUUCAAAUUCUGGUCUCCCUUCUACUGCUCAGUCUCCUAAUAACUUUCUCUCCUUAUCUGCCAACUCACCUGGCGGCCCUUCCUCCAGAAUGUUUGCCACUGGGCCUUAUGCUCAUGAACAACAAUUGGUUUCCCCUCCUGUUUUCUCCACUUACACAACUGAGCCUUCCACUGCUCCUCUAACUCCUCCUCCUGAGUUGGCUCACUUAACCACACCUUCUUCCCCAGACGUGCCAUUUGCCCAAUUUCUCUCAUCCUCUGCAAAAUUCAAAAGCUCUGGAAAGGGCAGUUAUCAUCUUGCUGCAAAUGAUCUGCAGGCGGCUUAUGCACUCUAUCCUGGAAGUCCUGCCAGCAGUCUUCUUUCACCUAAAUCAAAGCCCUCGCGUGACUGUUUGUCAUCAUCCUUCCCCGAACGAGAGUUCCCCCCUCAUUGGGAUCCUUCUGUUUCCCCACAAAAUGGUGAGUGCUCGAGGAGUGAUUCUGGGAGGCUUUGUGAGCAUGAUCCUACUUCUCCCUCCAUGGUGUCUCAAGAUUCCAAUUUCUUCUGUCCUGAUACAUUUGCAAGAUUCUACCUGGACCAUAAUCCACUAUUCCCUCAUACUGCUGGGAGGUUGAGUGUUUCUAAAGAUUCAGAUGUCUAUCCUACUGGUUCGAAUGGACAUACAAACAGUAGGAAUAACAAGAGUCCCAAGCAAGAUGUUGAAGAAGUAGAAGCUUACAGAGCAUCCUUUGGGUUCAGUGCUGAUGAGAUCAUCACUACUACUCAAUAUGUGGAGAUAUCUGAUGUCAUGGAUGACUCCUUCACCAUGAACCCGUUCACUUCAAGCAAAAGUAACUUUGGAGAUGUCUCAGAAAAUGUGAACGAGAGUGAAAGCCAGAAGUUAUUAGGAACACAGAGAAAGCUGCCAAGACAACCGAGUCUGAAGUCGAAACCCGAUGUGAAUACUGAGGAAGGCUGUGAAGUUCUCUCUUCUGAUAGAUACAAAGGAAUGCAGUCAGGAAACAUCUCCGGUUCAAGUACACCUCCCAGAUACAACCUAUCCGACAACGAUGGCAUAUUCUCUAGGAAUGCUUCCUCGAAAGGCAGCAGAAAAUAUCACGCGGGGCUGUCAAGCUCGGAUGCAGAAAUUGACUAUAGGAGGGUAAGGAGCUCAAGAGAAGGCAGGCGCGAGAUAAUGCUCGGCACGAUGGACUUAGACGUGGGCUACGAUAGGAAGGCCCGCAAGCGGCAGGCAGCAUCAUCCGGCCGAGGCAAUCAAUUAUUCAAUAAUCAAAUACGAAUGGCGGCCUCCACCGCUCCCUUGGUAUUCUUCUCCACUUCAACACCAAGACCCUCGGUCGCCGUCUCCUUGUCGCCGUCGAUUCUACUACGUCCCCGCCGUUGCCGUGCAGUAGUGCGCGUGAAUUCAGUCUAUUCAGCUCCCGGAUCACUGUCCCUGGACAGCGGAGGUCACAGCUCCAUGGCUGCUCCAUCGGCGGCCCCUAAGUGGGCUCAAAAGACCAUCACGCUUCCUCCGCAGCGGCGAGGCUGUCAUCUUAUUACUUCAAAGAUUUUGAAGGAGAUUGAGCCUGAUCUAUCUCAGUUCAGCUGUGGCCUUGCCCAUCUAUUCCUGCACCAUACCAGUGCUUCUCUUACAAUCAAUGAGAAUUACGAUACUGACGUUCGGGCCGACACUGAGACUUUCCUCAACGCCGUAGUCCCUGAGGGGAAUUCCGCUCCUUGGAGACAUACACUUGAAGGUGCGUCUUUUAAUUCCCUGAUGGCUAGUGAAGUCAUUGCUUACUGCUAUUGUCUUGUGCCAUUCAAAGUUGCAAAAGCUGGGAAAUUUUUAAUUGCAUUCACAUAGAAGAAGUGAAGCUUGGUGAUUCUGAAUCUGAAGUUAGUGGAUUCGUGGUCAACUGUGAUCUUCUGUUAACACUAGGUCCAGAUGACAUGCCCGCACACAUUAAAUCAUCAAUGUUUGGCUGCGCUCUCACGAUCCCAAUCACAAACGGAAAGCUGAACAUGGGCACAUGGCAGGGAAUAUGGUUGUGCGAGCAUCGUGACUACCCUACUGCACGAAAAGUUGUGGUGACACUCAAUGGAAUAUAAGGUAGUCAGUUGAUAGAAGAGGAGGGGUUGUGGCGCCUCCGUCCUUUUGUCGAGAGUACGAACAUUCUCUGUGUUGUCUAUAAGCUUGCAUAUAAAAUAACGAUUUUGUUGUUACCGCUGAAACCUCAGCAGAAAUGAGGUAUACCGAGAACUUACUAUUUCGUUGUUAAAUGUUAAGACUUUGUAACUGCAACUGCAAGUCGCUUUCUACAUUGCAAGUCCAUUCUUGUAUGAGGAUUAAAUGGUUUGGUCCUCAAUGGAAUGGAAUAGAUUAAUAUGAAUAUUCUUGUGCUUAUUGUUUUGGUAGUGAUGUUGUGUUUUAUUGGUAGUGUUUACAUUGUGGUAUUGGUGUAUAUCUUUGUUGAUGGAUUGGUAUUCAAUAUUGAAAAUGAUUUGGAUGCAGUGCAUAAUGGUUGU